UUGACUUCGUCAAUUCAAAAAUAGUUUGAUACUCGGCGGUGAGAUUGAUUGUUCACAUUAAUCCAUGAGCAUAUUGAUCAUCAGUUUAAAUGAAGGUUACUUUAAUUUUCGGGAUUUUGGUCGUUCAUACAAUGUUGAAAGAGUACAAAACAUCAGUUUGGGAGCUUUUUAAAGAGAAAAUCGAGCUGAAUGGCUUCAUCUGUAGUCCAAAAGACUAUGUCUUUACUCCAAGUAUAACUACGAGUAAAACUGUGUGUGCAAUUAGAUGUACAAUGAAUGAUUCUUGCGCAAGCUUGUUUUAUGAUCCAUCAAGUUUGAAGUGUUUUGGAUGUAAUCUGUCUUACAACACUGGAGAGUUAAAUAAGACAUUGCCAGGUUCACUCUAUUACGACACGAAUGAAAUUUUGACAACUACAUACGGACCAUCAUUUUACUUUUCUGGACCGAAAGAACAAACAUUCGAAGAAGCUGUGGUAUAUUGUGUAGGGCAGAACGCUCAUGUUGUUGAAGCGGAAACUACAGAAGAAAAUGAGUAUUUGAAAACAUAUUUCAAGAAUCAGCAGCUUCUCACAGGAUACGAAAUUUGGCUCGGGAUAACAGACAAUGACGUGGAAGGUGUUUGGAAAUGGAAUAGUUCAGGGGAGCCUCUUGGUGGAUUCUUUAAUUGGGGGGUAGAUAUGCCGACAAAUAAGACGUUUAGAAAUUGCGCAAAAUUUUCGGAAGGACGUCGCAGAAAAUGGACUGAUUUCCAGUGUAUGAAGCGGAUCAAUAUGUUUACCUUUUGUGAAAGAUACACCGAUACUUGCUAUGUGGAUAAAAUGAUACUUGCUAUAUGGAUGGACUAA